UUGUGUGCUAAUCUGAUACCGAAUGGCGCGCUUACUGGACCGAAGCCCAGGAGAACGGGGUGAGCAUCUGGCAGGGUCAGGGAUACUCCAAGCAUGCCGCCAUCCCUCACACUGCCCUUUAUCCACCCAGUGGAUAGCUCAGAGCAUCUGCCACGGUCCCAAGUGUUCUAGGUGCUGGGGGUGACACAGAAGGUAGCACCCCAGCGCCCACCGCUUGUAUCGCUUACAAUGCUGAGCUGACCAGACAAAAUAUCUAACGGCUGGUGUCGAGGAGGAAGGCAGGGAGGGAAAGGAAGUAGGAAUUAAGUUCAAAUACAGUAAUACCACUGAGUCGGCCUCGUCGUGGCCAGGAAUGAUGAUUUUAUACAGCCAUUUGUGGCUUGUUUCAUUUCCAAAGUGCGGCCAUGUGUCAGGUACAGCACCGUUAUGAACUUCCUAGAUACAAACACAGACAUGCCCCUGUGUAUGUCCACGUGUGACUGAUACAGGGCUGUGGCUCCACAGCCCGAUAGCCAGAUGGAGGUGUCUGGGACACAGACACACAGGGGAGGACCCUCUCAGCCCAGCCCUUCUUCAAGCAGGGCCGGGAAGGGCCAGUGCUGCCAGUUCUGGGGAUUGUCAGCAACACCUCCCAAGCUGCCCAGUGCUAUCUGGGCAGGGGACUGGGUCCUGCAGAUUACUGUAGCGUCUCCUCUGGCAUCAGGAGCUAGCGGGGGGACAGGGCAGGGUGACCAGGGGCCCUCCACCUCCUGUCCCACCCUAGCCACCACUGUGGCACUUUUCCACCCCCUGCAGGCACACAGGGUGGGGUGGGGUGGGGUCUGGUGGGCUUUUUCCAGGCUGACGAAGCAGGACCGGCAGGGCUGGGCUGGGCCCAUCACGGGCAGCAAGGAGAGAUGAGACGUGACCCUGAGCCUCCACGGCUGAGGACAGGGCAGACAGCGGCUCUGCCAGAAGCCAGUGGCAGAGGUCAACAGUGCCCCACCUCACAUCCUGUUUUCAGAAUGUGGGGCUCCAGCACGUGCUAUUUGCUUGGAUUUUAUCCAGGGUAGCGCCCCCACCCCCAGGCCUAUUUCUAAGGGACCCUGCAGGAGGGUGGAAAUGUCCAAGGGCACACCCAAGCUGGAGUUAACCGAAAGUUUUUCCAGGCUGGGAUGGACCCCUGACCGAACCAAUGGGAGAGAGGACAUUUUCCAUUAGGGACCCCCGUUAACCGACAGAAACCCACGCAGGUCUUUGUGACUGACUCGGGGAGAAACGGUACAGAGGAUGUGAGGACUCAGAGACCUUCCCCUUCCAGGAAGAAGCACAGCCUCCCCCAGUGCUGGCCCCUCAGCCCCCACAAGACCCUGGGGAAGUCCAGCCCGGCUAGAGAGGACAGGUCCCUGGCGUGCUAUGAGCACGCGCUCCAGAAAACUCUUCAGGCUGAGUGUGAGGCCAGGAUCUGCCAUUCCCUGACUGCACAUCUGUGACUCGCUAAGUCUCUGCUUCCCCAGCUGUGAACAGUGCCCCCCACCUGAGUGCUGAAGACUGAACGACUGUGCUAGACCAGAGGGACAAAGAAAACAUCUCUCCUCCUGCCCACUCAGGCCCCCUGUCACGGAUCUUCCUAAUUACGUUGGCAGCAUAUCCCCAAUCCUAGAUGUUGGGAGACACUCAAUGGAGAACCCGUGGUGGAAGCUCUGACUGCUGCUGACCUUAUGAAGCGCCAUGCUCCUCACAGGCAAUCUAGAAAUUGCUGGAGAGACCAGAGCCUUUGCUUAACCACGGGAGCCGGGCACUCUCCACACCUUCCUGCUGUCCACACGGAGUUCUUCCAGGCUCGGGGCUUCGGGUUUCUGUAACAUACUUGAGACCUGAGCAUUAAGAUGGGCAGCUGGGUGUGGUGGUACAUACCUAAUGUCCUGACACUUAGGAGGCUGAGGCAGGAGGAUCAACUCUUCCAGGGCAGCCUGGCCUGUAUAGUAGGGUCCAGGCCAGCUUGAACUACACAGUGAGAUUCUGUCUCAGAGCAAACAAAAAAGGAUGAACCUUGGAGCUUAGCUGGCUCAGGUGACCAACCCAGAGCUCCUGACCCAAACAACCCAAAUGGCUCAUCCAUGGUGGAGUGUGGUAGAGCCAGAGCCAAAAACCAUCAGAUGUUUGUUGCCUCCCCAAAACUGAGAUAUCUGCCUCUGGUUCCUUCAAAAGGGGUCAGUCAGUUGUGUGGACCUAGUCCUCAAUUUGGGGAGUCUGUCGGGGGAAAGGUUCCAUGAUUCCCCUGGCCCCCUCAAUAAAAGGUGUGGUUCUAGUUAACCUCAGUCCAUCACCAGAUGACUAUGAGAUGGGCAUGGGGGGGGGCGGUGAAGGCUGAAAGGGAGGGUUGGAAGAACCCAGCAAGGGGUGUGGCCCUGGGUCUGUUCCCAGGGUGGAGCCAGACAGCAGGGUCACCCUGUCCCUUUAAGAGAAGGGGGAGAGCUAGCCCCUCUCAGCCAUCCUGUCCUGUCAUCCAUCCCAGCCAAAUCCAAAAAGGAAAAUGAAAGAGGGACCAAGAGGAACAGGUCCCAGCUGUCUCCCAAGGUCCUACGCUCAGCUCUAAGCACAGGCCCCAGGCGUCAUGGGAGAGUGGGCGUUCCUAGGCUCCCUGCUGGACGCCGUGCAGCUGCAGUCGCCGCUCGUGGGUCGCCUCUGGCUGGUGAUCAUGCUGAUCUUCCGCAUCCUGGUGCUGGCCACGGUGGGAGGUGCCGUGUUCGAGGACGAGCAGGAGGAGUUCGUGUGUAACACGCUGCAGCCGGGCUGCCGCCAGACCUGCUACGACCGCGCCUUCCCGGUGUCCCACUACCGCUUCUGGCUCUUCCACAUCUUGCUGUUGUCGGCGCCGCCGGUGCUGUUCGUCAUCUACUCCAUGCACCAGGCCAGCAAGGAGGCGGGAGGCGCGCAGCCGGCCCCGGCGUGCACGCGCGGGCGCCCCGAGGCCCCGUGCGCCCCGUGCUCCCUGCGCGCCCGCCGCGCGCGCCGCUGCUACCUGCUGAGCGUGGCUCUGCGCCUGCUCGCCGAGCUGGCCUUCCUGGGGGGCCAGGCGCUGCUCUACGGCUUCCGCGUGGCCCCGCACUACGCGUGCGCCGGCCCGCCUUGCCCGCACACCGUCGACUGCUUCGUGAGCCGGCCCACCGAGAAGACGGUCUUCGUGGUCUUCUACUUCGCCGUGGGGCUGCUCUCGGCGCUGCUCAGCGUGGCCGAGCUGGGCCACCUGCUCUGGAAGGGUCGCCAGCGCGCCAAGCUGCCCCCGGCCCCGGCCCCGGCCGCCCUGCCCUCGUCCCGAGCCGACCCCGACCCCUUCGGCCCGCCCGCCUACGCUCACCGCGCACCGGCCGGCGACAGCGAGGGCGAGGGCGGCAGCGGUCACAGCAAGGCGUCGCUGGCCACCGUGCGGCAGGACCUGGCCAUCUAGCGGCGAGGUCCCAGGCCGAACCUUCAGCACCGGGGCGGGGGUCGGUGGAGGCAGAAGCGAGAAGUGGCUUCUGCGUAGGACCCUGCCUGAGCUGAAGAUGAGCAGAGGGGACCUCCCGCCCCACCCGCCAGCAGAAGAUGAGGGACCGCCGGGCUUCGGGUCGGGGUGGCGUCGCACUUCCUAGCGCUGGUUGCAGCAGCGUGCUGGGGGGUGCUUUGCAUCAGGGAGGCUCCUCUGUGCUGUGUUCCCAGCCGGAAAGGGAGGAUGCCAGGAGCCUGGAGAGGAAGCGGACGGGCCAAGGGCAGUGGGUGACCUGAUGGUUGUAUCGAGGGGUGAAAUCAGCAGUGAUGGCAGCAUUCCCAGGUCCCCUGCUUGUUCAGAGAAGCUCACUUCUCUGUGGGCUCUCUGUGCACACAUACAUGCACACCUGGAUACGCUCGUGCACAUUAAACCUCUGUGGGCUGUGUGUGUAUGCUUGCAUGUGUACCCCCCUCUGAGGGGUCCACACAUGCAUGUGCACACAAGUGUACACCUUCCAAGUAAGAGGAGGUACAGACCUGUGUUCGUGCAUGUGUGCACAGACAUGCCCAUGGAUGUCCUUGUGGGCUCUGUGCACGUGCAUGGAUGCAUGCAUCCUGCGUAAGCUCUGUGUACACACCUGUACACACACAUUCUGUGUGUGCAUCUGCUAACACUGUCAUUCACUACCAGAACCCAAUGCUAGUGGUAGCCAUAAUGGCUUCCUCCCUACUGACCUAACCCUGCCGCCUGUGAGGGCAGCGGUGUUCCCCCACAGGAACGGAGUGGGAGGAGAGUCGGAAGAUAAAGACAGGCAGUGUGUUCUUUUGGCUUACAUCUUCUCUCUUCCCACCCGCCAUACUCUGUAAACAAACAUGGUUGAGGCCUUUCCAUCCUUAGGGAAAGCUGCCCCUGAGACUGAUAGGUUCCUAGGUCCCCUUUCCCUUACAACUAGCCAUUCUUCUAGCACAGACUUUGGAAGAGUAGCCACAUGGCUACUUCACCCCCCUCCUUUUUUCUUAAAGAUUUAAUUUAGUUUUAUGUUCAUUGGUGUAAGGGUGCUGGAUCCCCUGGAACUGGAGUUCCGGACAGCUGUGAGCUGCCAUGUGGGUGCUGGGAAUUGAACCCGGGUCCUCCGGAAGAGCAGCCAGUGCUCUAAACUGCUGAGCCGUCUCUCCAGUCCAUACCUCAUCCCUUUCUGUCCUUACCUCACCCGCCUUCCUCCUUCAUCGCCUGGGUGGCCACUCUGAAUUCACCAGGACCAAGGGAUCAAUCCUGACCUCAGGCUCUGUCAGAUCUGUUGCCCAGGCCCUGCACACCCCAAAUUGCUUUCCCUCUGUCCUUCAUGUACCCAUCCCCCUCCUGAGGGCUUUCUUCCAAGCCUUACUUAGCCCUUGGGAGGUCCCUGUCCUUGGGGUACAACCAGCCCUUCCCCCAGGCUUCCUGCACUGCCUUGGCGAGGCCUCCACCGCCGCCAUCUGUCACACCAGGCUAAAGUUUCUGCUCCUCACAAACACCGUGCCCACUUCUGAUGCCAGUUUUAGACAUGCCCUCCGGUACAGUCUCACUCUCCGAAGCUCUGACCCCCGCUGCCUGCCUUUGCCUUUGGUCUCAUUGGAAGAAAACAAGCGCACCCCCCCCCCAGCAGGGGCUUUCCUUGCCCUCAGCUGGAGUCAGGCACCCCAUCCCCCACCGUUCUGCUGCAUGGUUGCACUGUCUCCUGGGCACGGCAUAUAGUAGAUAUUUGGGGAGAGAAAAUGAAGGGUUGUCAGGUGACCAUCACCCCGCUCAUGUCCACGAUCCCGGUGGACAUGUCUGGCUACAGCCUGGACCCCUCCACACAAGCAUAGAUGUGGGCGUCCAGCCGUUUUCCAAAGAUAAGUCCCUCAGCCAAUACUGGUUCAAGGUCAGCGUCAUUCAGUACAAUUGUACGUGAGGCACAAUGUUAAUUUUUUUUUGUUUGGUUUUGGUUUUCAAGACAGAGUCUCUCUACAUAGGCCAGGCUGUCCUGGAACCCACGAAGAUCUGCCUGCCUCUGUCUCCCAAGUGCUGGGAUGAAAGGCCUGUGCCACUGCGUCCAAUUUACAAUGUAAUUCGCAUUUUCCUUUAGCCAUUAAAAAAAGCGAAUGGAAAGAGCCGA